UGAGGAUGGCGCAGAACCGGUUUCCCGGAGUCGGUGCGGGUGAUGUCCCCCGGCGGCGAUGUUCCCGGGCGCCUCCGCGCACCUGCUCCCGCGGCGGCGGGAGGCACCGCGCCGCCCUGGGCGGGGGCUGCGGGCACCGCGUAACAUGGCUGCCCCGCAGGCCUCCCCCGGCCGCCGGGAGUGAGCUCCGGGGGUGCGGGUGGGGGGCCCCCGGCGAGGGGCCACUUGGUCUUUGGUUUACCGACAGCGUCGGUAAACGCUGUCCCCGGCUGUCGCAAGGCUUUCCGGUCGCUGCCUUCCUUUAAGGACCCGGCGUGAGUUGUGUACCCUUUCUUUUUUGUGAAGGUGUCUUUUCAUAUAGUCACCUUGAAAUCUACGUGCCUUUAUGGGCAUUUCUAAGCAUGCCGUUACGCCCGGGAUGGCUGCAGCUCCCCCAAGUUACUGUUUUGUAGCCUUUCCCCCAUGUUCUAAAGACGGACUGGUGGUGUUUGGAAAGAACUCUGCACGGCCUAGGGAUGAAGUCCAGGAGGUGGUCUACUUUGCUGCCGCAGAUCAUGAUCCAGGAAGCAAAGUUGAGUGCACAUAUAUUGAGAUUGAGCAGGUGCCGAAGACUCAUGCUGUUGUGUUGAGCAGGCCCUCUUGGCUUUGGGGGGCAGAAAUGGGAGCUAACGAGCAUGGAGUCUGUGUAGCUAAUGAAGCCGUCGUGACCAGAGAACCAGCUUCUGAAUCUGAAGCCUUGCUUGGAAUGGAUCUUGUCAGGCUUGGCCUAGAAAGAGGUGCAACAGCUAAAGAAGCAUUGGAUGUAAUAGUUGCUCUGUUGGAAGAGCAUGGACAAGGUGGAAAUUAUUAUGAAGAUGGGAGUUCAUGCCAUACUUUCCAAAGUGCAUUUUUGAUUGUGGAUAGAAAUGAAGCCUGGAUACUGGAGACUUCUGGAAAGUACUGGGCAGCAGAAAAAAUCACAGAGGGGGUGAAAUGCAUUUGCAAUCAGCUUUCAUUAACUACAAAAAUUGAUGCUGAGCAUCCUGAACUAAGGAAUUACGUGAGAAGUCAAGGCUGGUGGAACGGAGACUCAGACUUCAAUUUUUCUGAAGUGUUCUCUCUUGCUGAUGACCAUUUAGUCUGCUGUUCUGGCAAGGAGAGCCUAGAAAAGCAAGGUGGUGACGUUUCUGCACAAGCUAUGAUUGAUGUCCUGCGUGACAAGGAUAGCGGUGUCUGUGUAGACUCUGAAUCUUUCCUUACUACAGCUAGCAUAGUGUCUGUUCUGCCUCAGGACCCUAGUUUUCCCUGUGUUCAUUACUUCACUGGCACGCCAGACCCUUCAAGGUCCAUAUUUAAACCCUUUAUUUUUGUUGAUGAUGUAAAAUUAGUACCAAAAGUACAGUCUCCUUCUUUUGGCAAUGAUGAUCCUGCUAAAAAGAUACCUCGAUUCCAGGAGAAACCUGAUCGCAGGCAUGAAUUGUACAAGGCACAUGAAUGGGCCCGAUCUCUCCUUGAGAAUGAUCAGGACAAAGGCCAGAAACUGAUGAGGAUUAUGUUAGAGCUUGAAAAACAAGGCUUAGAAGCAAUGGAAGAUAUCCUUACUCGUACAGAGGUUCUGGAUCCUGCUGAAGUAGUGGAUCUUUUCUAUGACUGUGUUGACACAGAACUGAAGUUCUUCAAAUAAACUACGGUGGCUAUUGUUAGCCUUUUCUCUGGAAGACUGCAGAGUUCUUCGAGCCUUGAAAGAAAGUCUUCACACUUGUGAAUUUCCAGGAAAAACAUUUCUAGAGGAAAAAAUGUUACUUGCUAGCUGUAUCCGGUUAACAAAUUGCUUUCCUUUGUCCAAUCUUGUGGUGUUCCUGUUUGUGUAUGUAUAUAGUGAAAGGAGAAAGUCACUGACUGGUCCAAUUACUGUGUGCAUGCUGGCUAAUUUAGUACAGAAUGUUUAAAUAUGUAUGUUGGGCAACCAAUUAAAGCAAAGAUUAACUUCAUAAGGCUAACUGCCAUAUCGUCAUUGAAAGCAAUCUGUUUUGUCCUCUAUUCCUCAGGACUAGGCUUGCAGCAAAGCUGACUUGCAUUUUUCUCUUCUUGCUAAUUCAUACAAAGAAUGGUAGAGUUGAAAUCCCAGUUAUGAGGGGGACAGGAAGGUAAGUCCUGGCUCUUCACCUUGCUGUACCAGCCUCAUAUGGGCAUAUCUGGUUACAGUAACUCAGCAUCUGACAUUAUGCCUGUACAAAUUAUCACAAUUGGGUCCCCCAGGUUAAGUUUUGCCUUCACCUGCACCCAACUUAGGGAAGCUUGCGUUGGUAAUGCACCUGGCUGCCGUUCUAGUACUGAGUACUAAAAUGCAGAGCCAGCCUGGAUGCUUAAGACAUCUCUACAUAACCUAUUGGCUCUUAGGAUGCAAUUAUUAAAGUGUCAUAUUUAUACACAAGCUACAAAUUUGGAAUUUUUUUAGGGAAUAGAUGCUGGACAUUGAUCAAUACCUGACUAUUCUCCAUCUUUCUGCCUUUUUACUGCUGAACAGUUCCUAGUAAUCUCUGUGGUGAGCAUCACCACACGAAGCACCACCAGUCAUGAAGUACCAGUGAGUUACUGGUGGGUAUGGCAAUCCAACUGGUUAGGCUUAGAAAUGGCUGUAUUAUGCUUCCUUAUAUUAAGUGCAGUUCUGCAGCAUGCUUCCCUUCCUUGACAGUCUUACAGACAGACCUGCUUUUCAUGUAUUUUCUUCUUGUAGAAGUGAGAUUGGGCAAAUGCAUUAAGAAUUAAAACCAGUGAACACUGCUUCCUAUGUCAUGCGAAGAUGGUUGGGUUUUUUUUAACAGGAGGUUCAGAUAAGACGUUCAUGCCUUUAAUAAGGGAAGUUAGCAUAUGGAGUUAAAAUGCUUCACUGUCCAGGGAAGGGGAUGGUGAAGAACCACAGACUUUUUUUACUGGGGAAAUAAAAGCUCCUUAGAAGGCAGCAACACCUCAACUUGAAACUGUAAGAGCUGUGCAUUAGGGAAAUAGUCAUUGCCGUACUGGCACUCUGCAUUCCCAGAAUUAUUUUAUUAAAUUGUUCCAUUCAGACCCAUUACUUUGGUAUUGCCUUGUAUGACAACUGGCAAUUGGACAAGAAAACAUUGGGCCUUUUCACUUACAGAAAACCAGCAUGAAGAUAUUUUCUUUUAUGGCCUACGUAAUAAUCUUCCUGCUCACAAUACACUCCUCCUGUGCUCUCUAUUACAGGAACAGCUCCUGUGCCAGCUAUUCUGGAAAUGGAGAUAAGGGAAGGAGAAAAUAGGCAAGUAAACCCUAAAACUUCUCUCUGCCUAGCCAGAAUAGGGGCUGCAAGGAACACACUUCAUUCCAGAGGGUUUUGUGCUGGAUGAAGCCAGCUGGAAGAGCAGUGUGCUUUUGCCAACUGCCCACAACUGAAGUAAAUAGGUUUUCCAUGAAAUCCACUUUUGGAAUGGAAAAUACUCUUCAUCAGAGUAUACUUAACUAACACACAUCAUGUUGAACUUCAAAGCUGUUGCUUGCUGAGUACUUUGAAUUCUGACAUGAGUAUCUGGAUAUUUGUGAACAAGGGGAGAACAGGGAUAAAAUGAUUGCCCCAUCCAGAGGGCAAAAAUUAGGAUAUACCACUUCACACAGCUCUUUUGCACAACUCAGAUCUCUAACCUUUGAGAGUUGGGAGGGAGGCAAGAUGAAAGAAGAGGGUGUUCCUCCUAAAAACAUAUUAUAUUGUAUUUGUCUGUUUCUUAAGAAAGAAGCAACCAACACUUGCAGUUAUUGUGUGGGAGUUUAUGUCCUUAUUUGGAACUGCUUAUAUGACAGAACUAAUAAAUUGUUUUCAGCACA